UAAGCAGACGGAGCUACCAAAAUCUGUCAUAAAUUCACAUGUUCUGUGCAGGGUUCGUAAAAUAUGCUAAAGCAGCCAUAUUCAUGAGCCACGUGACUUCAAAAUGGCGUCAAAUAUUUCUCGUCAAAGAAGUUCAUCUGCUCGUACUUUCGAUUAGGAAUCAAUGGUUGUUCCAGUAGAGGGGAAGCCUGUUAUAUGCUCAGUUUAUUCUGCAUUCCACUUACUAAACUGCUGGAGUGGUUAAAAGGACGUCAUGUCUAUAUUUACCACGCAGUACGUCGUGCCUAAACUGGCCGAGUGGUUUCACAGUUUUCCCCACAUCAAUUUGACAUUUCAGUUGGCCAAUUCCACAUUUGAACCAAAGGACGCCAGUUAUCAAGAGUCAUUAGGAUUCUUGGUGGCUCUUCCUGUGUUGUGGCUGGUCCUGACUUUCCUGAUUUUCACCAUAUAUUUCUGUGUGCGAUGUUGUCGGAAAGAGGAACCUCGAAAAAAAGCCAAAAAAGUGACAUGUCUGCAGAUAACCAUGUUUGUGUUUGUUGUGCUGACUUGUGGUUGUGUUGCAGUGUGUUUCUAUGGAAAUGACGAUUCAGACAAGGGAAUAAUGCAGUUUACACACUCUGUUGAAAAUGUCAAUAAAACAGUGAAUGAAGCAGUGGAUAGGAUCGGGAUGUUACAGAAGAUCGUACAUGACAUCAACUCAACAGGCUUGCCUGAACUGAUAGAGUCCAUCAAGAGGCAUGUCAGUAAUGAAACGGUGAAGACUAAGGUGGAGUUCAUGCUACAGGACUUGAGGAAAAUGGCUGAUGUCGUGGAGGAUGACAUGCAUGAUGUGAAGAACAAGACUUUGAUGUUCAGACUGGACAACAUCUCUUCUGUCUCUAACGCAGUCGAGUACAUCAGAUGGGUGUCUACAAUUUGCAUAUGGUGCUGGAACGUCCUAGCAUGUCUCCUUUUCCUGCUGGGAGCUGUGAAAAAGUCCAAAGGAUUACUCAUUGCCUCUGUUGUGCUGGGACUGGUUGACCUCAUAUUUGUGUGGACAGCUGGAGGACUUUAUUUGGGAGCAUCUGUUGGUGCUGGAGAUCUCUGUGUCAAUCCGGACCCAUUCAUUGAACAGCAAGCUGACCCUUCUGUAAGAGGUAUCGUUCAUCAAUAUCUUACCUUUUCUAGUGAAGACCCCUUCUCCGAGCAAACAGAGGCAGCUACCACAGCAGUUACUACAGCCAACGGUACAGUAACGAGGGUGUUACAGCUUGUUGCUCCCUACAAUAUAUCAAAGAAGAUUAAUAGACCUGUAAAGUUUGUGAGAACUAAUCUGAAAUUUGCACUGACUGUAAGAAUAUCCAUUGACAACUAUGUAGAUGCCCUGCAUGGAUUUUGUCAUCGUGCACUGUUUGGGUUUGCUCUCAUGUUGGUGGGUACUGGAGCUGUGGGUCUUAUGGUGACUGUGCUUGUAUGUCUGGCAUCUAAGGCAUGGCCACACUGCAGCAAGAAACGAGGGUAUUAUCCAGUAGAUGACACAGACCCAUUCCUGCCACGCCCACCUCCGUACAACGGCUACGGCACCAUGCCCGGAGGAAGUAUGAGCAGCAUACCUGGCAAUGUCUCCAGGGCUGACGUCACUGUCUAUCCUAACAGUUCAGCCUUUGACUCCGAUAUAGAAGUCCUGCCUCUCCGCGGGCCCCCUUCCGAUUCACCACCUCCCUGCUACACUUACAUGGAACAGUACAGCAAUCUGGGACGCCCCAUUGGACAGCCAGGACACGCGUCCCAGAGCCAUACGGGAUGAGAGUCGCUGGCAGGAGGAUGAAAUAUGACCCACCUCUCCUUAACCCUACAUGAUUUUCUUAAUAAUCAGGAUAUUCAUAUUGUGGUAUUCAUCUUCCCGAUUUCUAGACUCCUUGAAGGUCGCCAUGGUAGACGGACAUAUUAGCGUGCCUUGUCUCUAGAAUGCAGUUGUUAAGCCGGACUUACGGAGGUUGUUAGUUGUAAAAGUGUGCGCACAUUACUGAUCAUAACUGUGGUUACUGUUGAUUGUUAACGUUUUCUAUUUACUAUAAAUGCAGUCCUCGUGCGAAAGAGUAUGUUUGAUUCCUUUGAUCUUUAUCAUUGUAUAUUAACUAUGAACUACUUCUUGUUACAUCGAAUGAAUCACUUUUACACCUUUACUUUUAUUGGCAUGACAUUUUUGACAGUCUUUUUGGUUUUUUUUAUACGAGGAUAUUGUUUCAUGACUUUGAAUGAUUUGAUUAUUUACUUUCAAUGUGUCUACAUGCAGUAUGUACAUAUAUAUGUGAGCCGUGGAGAGCUUAAGCAGACCUUCACUAUGACUGUGCAGCUUGACAACUGGACAUGUACGACUGAUUAUGUUCUGUUGAUGUGCAGAACUUAUCAAGCUGCUGAUGUAUAGUUUAUCUAUAUUUAGGCAAAGAAUUGCUUAAUUCCCCGAUCGCUAUCCGUUCCUAAUUUUUCUGCCUUGUUGACCUAAUCUUUUAAUUUUUCUUUUUAUUACAUUUGUUACAGUGAGCAAAAGGUGCACUGAGAAAAGUAUGAAAAUGUUCACUGCAUGAAUUUUUUCCAAGGAAAGGAACAAAGUAAUUUUUUUUCAAGAAAGAUUCCAGCCAAAUGCAUAUCCAGUGAUACCUAGGCAUUACUGGUUUUUAUUCACUUCGUACAACUUUAUAAAACUGGCAGAAGAAAAAAAAUAAAAAUGGCGCCACCUGCACUGUUUUUCAAAAAGUCAGAGAUGGAAACUAAGGAUUUUUUUGUGGUGUUGGCUCUGAUUACGUCAUAUGUUUUAAAUGUACAUCAGUUUGAUUGCAUAACAUAUAACAUUUCACAAUGGGUUACAUGUAUUUUGCACAUGUGCACGGGGGAAAGUCAGUUACUGGUAGUUUUGGGGUAUGAUAAGGCUGUUUUGUGCACGUCUGCAGUUGUGACCUGGGGUCCAGCUGACUUGCUGUUGGCUGUCAGACAUUGGGAGCUCAUCCAUGGCAUGGACUUGGGAGGGUACGGCUUACACUAUAUAGCUGUCUCUUACUACUCUUUCAUAUAUGUAGGGAGGGAAAGAAUGGCAUGACAACAUAAAUAUAUAAAAUAUAUGUCACAUUUUUUUUUAUAAUUGGAUACAGUAUUAAAUAUUUCCAAUGCACAUGCUGUGUUUUUGCUUUUUUUUUUUUGAAAAUAGAUUUUGUAAAUAUAUGUAAUUAUAAUACUACCAAAAAAAAAAACUCUUUUCUUUCAGCUUUUUGCGCAUGGAGAAAAUGUACUACAGAUGAUUUAGUGAGAUAUGCUGAAGAUUUUGAGUUGGGAAAGAGUGAGUGAAGUGCUACACGACAUUGUUAAUUUAUCAUAUGUUUUAUAGGCCUAGUCAUCAGGAUGACAGUUAUAAAGGUUUGUGUCCAAGAGUGGAGGUGGGGUUGUCACAGAUAGAAAGUUUGUGAGAUAUAAGUGCAAUAAUAAAUGAUUUAGAGUAGCUUUGCUUAGCUUCUAUUAGGAGAUAGAAACAGUUCACAUCUUUAUGUAUGACAGGUACAUGUAAGACUGUUGAUGGUCCUCACAAGUAACUGAUUAUCAUAGAAACCAGAAACAUGCUGGUGAUCAGUCAUAGCCUGUAAACACAAUAUGUCAGCCAUGACCCGCUCAAUAUCAGACCAAAUUUGACUACUUAAUUUACAUUGUUUUGUGACACGUUAAUCCAUUGGCUUUGUCUUGUCUCAUCUGAUACUUACAGCAGAAGGAAGUAUAAGAUAUUUUUAGAUUUUAUUAUUCUGCUAAUAUCAGUGACUCAAAGAUUUUGUGAGAUACAAAGCUUUUUGUCACUCUGAAGGAUUAAUGGUCUCCUGUCUCCUGUUCUUCCCCAUAUUAAUUUUCACGUCAAGUUCGAAACUCUCAGCCCAAAUUUCUGUGAGUCUCCAUGACAUGUUUACAUCCCACUUUUAUAUACUUGAAGAAAUUUGUAUACCUUUAGCCUGGCUAGUGUGCUACAUGUAUAUUCAUUAUGAACCAUUUUAAAAUAGGCUCCAACUGAUACCAACAAACAUCAGAUUUCUAGACUGGUGCAUACUUGUAUAUGGUUUCUGACUGUUAUUGACUGUUGACUGCACUAGUGUAGAGCUGUUAUUUUGUUACUCUAUGAUGACCAUACCCGUUGUGAAUCAUUGUGAAGUUCUGUUGUUGUUUUUUUGAUAGUAUCAAGAGACCAUACUAUCCCAGGGCACACUUUCAAACCAUUUUUUGAUAACUAUUCUUGUAAAUCACAUCUCUGCAUGGCGCUAUAACCAAUUUUUUAAAAAACUUAGAAGAAAUUUCAUUUACGGUGUGUUGUGAAAGUCACUGCAAACCAGUUGCGAACCAGUAUAGAGCUAUGUUUUUUUCCUGUACAGAGAGACCAUACCAGUUGUGAACCAGUGUAGAGCUAUGUUUUUUUUCCUGUAUAGAGAAACCAUAGCAGUUGUAAACCAGUGUAGAGCUAUGGUUGGUUGGCUGUAUAGAGAAACCAUAGCAGUUGUAAACCGGUGUAGAGCUGUGGUUGGUUGGAUAUAUAGAGAGACCAUACCAGUUGUAAGCCAAUGUAGAGCUAUGGUUGUUUCACUGUACAGAGAGACCACACCAGUUAUAAACCAGUGUAGAGCUAUGGUUGGUUGGCUGUAUAGAGAAACCAUAGAAAUUGUAAACCAGUGUAGAGCUGUGGUUGGUUGGAUAUCUAGAGAUACCAUACCAGUUGUAAACCAAUGUAGAGCUAUGGUUCUUUGACUGCAUGGAGAGACCACACCAGUUAUAAACCAAUGUAGAGCUAUGUUUGUUUCACUGUACAGAGAGACCACACCAGUUGUAAACCAGUGUAGAGCUGUGGGUUUGUUUGUAUUUUUGGCUGCAGUAUCGCAAGAAGCAAAACAGAGUAGAGGAGGAAAAUAAUGUUUAGUCAUGCAUUAUGCUUGCAUGUGUAAUAACCAUUUACAUCUACCAGCUGUCUAGUAGAAAAAUUAUUGUAGACUUUUCCAGCUGCUCAGAUUUGAUUUAGUUUUCUUUACCAUAUCAAAAGUCUGAUGGAUGCUCAACUACACAGCAAGUACAGAUCACAGAUGUAUAAAUAUAAAUAUAUAUAUGUAAACCAUAGGGCAAAAUCAAAUUGAAGCAGUCACAAGGAGUUGCUUAUUGCAUUUUAUAUAUUAUUUGUCAGUGUGUUACUACAUCAAAGCAAUUGUGCUUGCAUGUUGAGAUAGAAUCAUCCAAGCCUGUGUGGACAUUUUAAGUCAAAAUUUGAAAUGUUAUUUUGAGUCUUGAACACUUAAUGAGGUUUGCUCUGAUAAAUUUUUCUGAAUUUUUACUUUCUGAACCAAAGACAAAGAUUAAAAAAAAGUUUUAAUGUUGAUGUCAGACCAGAAUUCAACAAAAAUAUUCAAGACAAGGUAAAAAUUUCAAACUGUUGACUUCAGUUUUGACAUAUGUUUCACUGUAAUAUACUAAAUGUAAGACUCACAAAUAACUCCAUGUGAAAUAAUUUUGGCCAUGUUGACGUUCAUUUGUGUGUGAAUGUGAAAAUUAACCUCACUUCAUGUGUACUCAUUUGUGUGCACAUGCAGACUUCCUUGAUGCGCCAAACUCUAACAAGACAGUAUUUUCUCAAAGUUUGUCAUUUAUGUGAUAAGUGCGUGUGUAGCAGCAGACCCUGACAUACAUGUGCUACUGCAGAAUUGCAGAGUUCUUUUCUGCUCUCUGUUGAUGUGCCGUACAGAACCAAAAGAGGCUUCAUGUGACAAAUUGGCAUGUGUAGCUCAUCAUGUGCUUAAGAUGGUAUAAACUACAUUUAAUACUCGACCCACAUUUGUUACGUGCAUGUGUAACUGUCAGUGUGAAGAAAUUUGACUAACCAGUAACGUAUGAUACAUGAUCACUCACUGUCAAACACAGCGAGCAUUUUCCAAUUAGACUGGAGAAUGGAGUUAGUGAUUUGUUGAUUAUAUAUGUAGACACUAUGUAAGUCGGCUCAGAAAGCAUAUGUGUGAAAACAGUUCAUGUGCUGUCUAUGAACACAGUUCAUGUGCUGUGUAUAAACAGUUCAUGUGCUUUCUGAUGGGGUUGAGAACUGCUAUAGCAUAUAUACCAAUGGUGCUUCAUUUACGCUGGUUACUGAGAGCUGGUUGACUCUCCAGUAACAAACAGCCAGUCACAUCUCUACAUUAUAAGACCUGCUCAUUUGACUGAAUGAAUACCUUCUACAGUUAUGCAUCGGUAUUUAAAUACAAGAUGCUUAAAUGUUUGUUCGGGAUUGUCAUCCAUUUAUAAGCAGCAUCUUUAGGCUAAUCAUUUCUUCUUUUCAUUUAUUUAUAAAUGAUUUGAUGUACUAAAACCUCCAAAAUCUUUGUAUGUUUAGCAGUGGGAACAAUCUACAUGUAUGGAGGAACCAGUGUAGGUGUUUAUGACAGCAAAUUAUAGGUGUAUGUUUGUGCAGGAUGCAAGAACAUACAUGCAAUCUUACUGAUCAUAUUAACAGAUAUGUACAAUGCACAGCAUUCAAUACUAAGGCAUGUAAUACGUAUGUGUAUGGGACAGAGAUCCAUGAGAUUGUCACUCGUUCCUUCCAUACAGCUUAAGCUUUGUUUGUAGCUCAUACUUAGCUAACAGUGCAGUUCUCAUAUGGCUAACUUGUUGAGGAUAUUACAGUGAAUGUACCUGUCUAUGUUGCUGCUGUAUUUGUAUGGAUUUAUCCUGGUAUGUCUCUGACAGUGAUAAUAAUGGCAAUACUAACAUGACAGUUAUCAUUAUAGUCACUUGUACAUAGAAUUCUAUACUAUUCUUUACAUUGUAUUUUAAUCGUAUUUACUCUCCGCAUAUGGUUGGUUUUAACAUCAUAUGAUAAUCAACAUAUUUAAAUACAUAUUGCAUACAUGUUUGUAACUUUUUUCUUUUUUUUAAUUUUUUGUUCUUUUCACUGGACAUGACAUACCCAUGCACAUAUGAUAUAUUUUCUCUUUUUUUUAUUUCUUUAAGGUGAUUUGACAUUUUUUGUCAUUUAUUUAUCAACAUAGUUGACUCUCCCUUAUAAACAUGUGGAUUUUUGCAUACCUUCUGGAUACCUUUCUUCACUGAUCAUUUAUAUCAGUAGAAAAGAUUUGCAUGUGAUUGAGAUGUAGCCGACCUGUAUUACCCUGUAUAACCAUUCCAUUCUGCUAGUAGUGCAGGGUGAGUUGUGUUUAGUUGUGUACCUUCAAUACACAUGUAUCAGUGGUCAGGGACUUAUCACAGGAGUUGUCCUAUUUUUGGGUCAAAGAUGUCACCGUGAGAAGAUACAUUGUAGCACAGCUGUUGUCCUAUUAGUAGGUCAUGCAUGCCUGGCUGAUCAGACAACAUUGUAACACAGGAGUUUCUAUUCUGGCUCAUACACCUGUAUCACUGAUCAGAUAUAUUGUACCACAGAUGUCCCAUUUUAUGGGUUAUACAGCUGUCUUGCUGGGCAGAUACAUUGUAGCACAGAUGUCCUAUUUCUGAGUCAGGGAGAAGCCUUGCUGAUCAGAUAAUUUGUAAUGCAGUGGUCCUAUUUUAUUUGUUAUACAGAAGUCUUGCUGAUCAGAUACAUUGUAGCACAAGAAUCUUGCUGGUCACACACAUGGAAAUGUGUGAAUAUUUCUGAACACACUGCCUCUUUUCUGCAUCAUUCCACCAGUACACAUGUACCAUGUCCUAAUGCCAUAGGCAGUGCAAAGCUCAAGGAUGUACGUUCAUGGUUUUCACUCAAUACUUUGAGUACUGACCAUGUGUUUAUGAAAUAUUACACUAUGUAAAGUUACAACUUCCUGAAGUCAUUGUUAUAAAUGUGUAUAAAGCUUCAUUAUCAAAUGUACUUGUAGUGCAUCUGAACCAGUCACAUUAGCAGCAAUGCUAUACAAUGUCAUUGUCUGAAUCAUUUCAGUGAAGUUAUACCUUUAUCUUUACUUUGAUUUUUAUAUUUCUCUAAAUAACAUGUAAGAUAUAAUUUUUUUAAUUACUUUAAUUAGGCUCUUAUUGAGAAACAAUAUUAAACACAUGUUUAAUAUGUGCUGUGGAUACAUUUCAGGUUGGCUCAAAAUUUUAUUUUUUUUCUUUAAUGACAUUUUAUAAAUGAAGAUAUCAGUUCUAAUCUUGUCGACGAAGUCAUUCCAGUUGUGACAUUGUUAAAUUUGAUAUUACAAACCAAAAGGCAAGUUUUGAUCUUUUCAUAUAUUUCAAAUUUGACAAGGGAAUUAGAUUUUUAUAUUAUUAGAUUCUUUAGCAUAGGGUGAUUGUCCUAACUGUCAGGUAGGAUAUGCCAGGUGCAUGUGGUUGAUUCAGUCAUCAGCCGAUAGCAGCAUAGCUCUUUUUCUGACUGUUCUGAUAUUAUUGAAGUUACUUGAACAAGAACUGGUGGACAUGUUGACAAAAAUCACAUUGCAGAGUUUUUUGUAGAAAUGCGUUACAUUUCCCCAAUAUUGUUAUAGGGCAAAGAGUUAACAAGUUUCAUGUUUAUGUGCUUUGUUUACAAUAAAAUGUGUUUUGCCAAGCAUGAAAACCUUAACAUGAGCAGUAUUUGUGUAUGUAAUAAAGGAUUUGCUAUCAAUC